UGGACACAGCAAUCAUUUAAUAUAUAUAUAUAUAAAAGCCUACAAGUUAGACCCCGUUUGUCUAUAAAAGGAUUCUUUGUGAUAUGGAAUUUCCUCAUCUUUCUCUAGUAAAAUCAAUCAGAGAAUUUUCUUCGGAGAAAAAAAUGCAUUCCUCUUCUCUGUCUUCGUUGUCAACUUGGACAACCCUUAUAACAGUGGGAUGCCUUAUGCUCCAUACAUCUUUCUCUAGUGCUCAAGUACUAACUCCUACUUUCUACGACAAUACAUGCCGUAACGUGUUUACCAUCGUCCGGGGAAUCAUUGUCAACGAGCUAAGAUCGGAUCCUCGUAUUGCCGCGAGCCUCCUUCGUCUUCACUUCCACGACUGCUUCGUUAAUGGUUGCGAUGCAUCGAUCUUGUUAGACAACACAACAUCGUUUCGAACGGAAAAAGAUGCUGCGCCAAAUGCAAACUCGGCUCGAGGAUUUCCAGUGGUUGACAGAAUGAAAGCAGCAGUGGAGGCAGCUUGCCCGAGGACUGUUUCAUGUGCAGAUAUUCUAACUAUCGCAGCUCAACAAUCAGUCGAGUUGGCAGGAGGUCCUUCAUGGAGGGUUCCUUUGGGGAGACGAGAUAGCUUACAAGCUUUCUUUGAUCUUUCUAAUAACAAUCUCCCUGCUCCAUUCUUCACGCUUCCACAACUUAAAGCCAGUUUCAGCAAUGUGGGGCUUAACCUUCCGUCUGAUCUCGUUGCUCUCUCCGGGGGUCACACUUUUGGUAAAAACCAAUGCCAGUUUAUUAUGGACAGGCUAUACAACUUCACCAACACUGGUUUACCCGACCCUACCCUCAACACUACUUAUCUCCAGACGCUUCGUGGACUAUGCCCUCGUAAUGGUAACCAGAGCGUUCUAGUCGAUUUCGAUCUUCGUACACCGACAGUUUUCGACAACAAAUAUUAUGUGAAUCUGAAAGAGCACAAAGGACUUAUCCAGACCGAUCAAGAGCUGUUCUCAAGCCCCAAUGCCACUGAUACUAUCCCCUUGGUGAGAGAAUACGCUGAUGGUACACAAAAGUUCUUCAAUGCGUUUAUAAAGGCGAUGGAUAGAAUGGGAAACAUUACGCCUCUCACAGGGUCUCAAGGACAGAUCAGACAAAACUGUAGGGUGGUGAACUCCAACUCUUUGCUCCAUGAUGUUGUUGAAAUCGUAGACUUUGUCAGCUCUAUGUAAUGAUAGUUGGCUCAAUAUAUGUGGCAACUAAUAUGUACGUUUGAUACAAAUAAUAAAACGCUCUCCGAAUCAUAUUUAAGGAUA